GACGAAGACCAACCGGAAGCCGGCGAGGUUCUCUUCUGCGGCAUGACCGACUGGAAGCAGGUCGGCCGCGGCAAGACCGACGACGAGGACACCUUCCCCAACAUCCUCGAGCCCACGCGGAUCGCCACGCUCAAGGGCGUCAGCAUCGCGAAAGUGUGCGGCGGCAGCGCGGCGACGCACUGCAUGGCCAUCGCCGCCGACGGUCGCGUGUUCACCUGGGGUAGAAACGAGACCGGCCAGCUCGGCCUCGGCGACGUGGACAACAGGGCGGCGCCCACCGAGGUCAAGGCGCUCGCGGGCAUCAAGGUUGUCGACGGAUCGUGCGGCAAAUCGCACACCGUCGUGGUCACCGCCGACGGCAACGCGUACGCGUGGGGAAGCAACAAGCACGGCCAGCUCGGCGUCGGGAGCAUCGCGAGGACCAAGCCCAAGGAGGACGAUAACCGUCUCGUGCCCGUGCAGUGCUCGGUGAGCGCGUGCGUCGCCGUCGCGUGCGGCGCCGAGUUUUCCAUGUGGAUCUGCGGCGACGACGGCAAACUCCUCUCCGCUGGUUUACCCCAAUACGGCCAGCUCGGCCACGGCACCGACGGCGAGUACAACAUGGCGACGUCCAGCGUCAAGCUCGCGUACGAGGCGCAGCCCCAGCCGCUGCCCAUCGCGGCUCUCGCCGGUCGCAAGAUCACGAAGGUGGCGUCUGGUCACAACCACACAAUCGCCGUCGACGACCAAGGCAAGUUCCACACGUGGGGAUUCGGCGGGUACGGCCGACUCGGUCACAAGGUCCAGAAGGACGAGUGGACGCCGAAGAUGGUCGAGAUCCAGGGCGGGGACAGGAACUUGUGCCCGCCGGACUGCGUCGUCGCGGCGGGGCAGACCACGAGCUGGGUGACGGCGCUCAUGGGUCAGAUGUACUGCUUCGGCCGGCUCAAGACCACCGGCGACAACACCAUGUACCCGGUGCCGUUCCUCGACCUGCAGGGGUGGAGGCUUCGGAGCGUGGCGUGCGGCGCCACCACCUACGCGGCGUGCGGCGAGGAUCAGGCCAUCACCUGGGGGCAAGGGGCGGGAUGCGGCGAGCUGGGCUACGGCCCCGAGGGUCCCAAGAGCUCGGCCAACCCAAAGCUGGUGGAGUCGCUGGGCGGCAAGCACGUCAUCCAGGUCGCGUGCGGCGUCGGCCACACGCUCUUCCUCAUCAAGCCGUCCGAC